AUGUUAGCGCAAGAUCCUCUUGAAGAAAUUGAUCUCAGAAAUGGGAGUACAAAAAGAACCACCUACAUCAGCACUAAAUUGGACCCCAAGUUGAAAGUAAGAGUAAUUGAAUUGCUAAGAGAAAACAAAGAUUGCUUUGCUUGGGACUACGACGAGAUGCCUGGUUUGAAGAGGGACUUGGUCGAAUUAAAGCUGCCUAUCAAGGAUGAAACUCCUAAAGAUGAGUAUCUAAUGCCUGUGGCAGAGAUGCUGGUUGACUCAACUGCAGGCUAUGAAUAUCUCAGCAUGCUUGAUGGAUAUUCUGGCUAUAACCAGAUUUUCAUUGCAGAAGAGGAUGUUUCUAAAACAGCCUUUCGAUGUCCAAGGGCUAGAGAUUUUAUGGGCUUUGUGGUCCACAAAAAGGGGAUAGAAAUCAAUCAGAAUAAGACGAAGGCUAUUAUGGAGACCAAAGCACCAUCAACUAAGAAAGAAUUGCAAUCAUUAUUAGGAAAGAUAAACUUCCUAAGAAGAUUCAUCUCAAACUUAAGUGGUCGAACUCAAGCCUUCUCUCCCCUCCUACGCCUGAAACAAGGGAAGUUCGAAUGGAAUGACGAACAUCAAAAGGCAUUCGACAAGAUCAAACAUUAUCUAACGAAUCCUCCUAUCUUGGCACCACCAUGUGGAAAGAAGCCUAUGAGACUGUAUAUAUCAGCUUCCGACACUACCAUAGAUUUUGAUGUCAUCAAGUAUAUGUUAUCUAAGCCAAUAAUGCACAGUCGAAUUGGCAAAUGGGCUUUAGCACUCACUGAAUACUCUUUAACCUUUAUGCCCUUAAGGGAAAUGAAGGGACAAAUAGUAUCAGACUUUAUUGUAGACCAUGCAGUGGUCGAAAAUCCUCAACUUCAAGUUGAGUUGAAACCUUGGAGAUUAUUCUGCGACGGCUCCAUGCAUAAGGAUGGAAGCGGAGUUGGGAUCAUGUUAGUUUCUCCUGACGGAAUUCAAACAAAACUCAAAUAUAGAAUUGAAGGUCCCCUUUGUUCUAACAACGAAGCAGAAUAUGAAGCCCUUAUUGCGGGACUUGAGGCUUUGUUACUAAAAAAUUUUGAAUAUAUUGACAUAAAACAUGUCCCUAGAAUAAAAAACCAAGAAGCUAAUGACUUAGCACAAAUAGCUUCAGGGUAUAGAAUUUCAAAAGGGAAGCUAGAAGAACUUGUCGAAGUAAGAGGAAAGGCAAUGGCUGCCAGAUUGUCUCCGACAGAUUUGGAAAACACUCAGUUAGGAUAUGCUAGCAAAGAGGAGUUUGAAGUACUGGCCAUUGAUACCUUAAUAGAUAUAGAUUGGAGGAAUCCAAUUAUUAAUUAUCUUAAGGACCCUUCGACAGAUACAGAAAGAAAAACCAAGUAUAGGGCUUUAUCUUAUGUUUUGACGGGGAAUGAAUUAUUCAAGAAAACCCCUGAAGGGAUCCUGUUAAAAUGUUUAGGAGAAAACGAAGCUUACUUGGCAUUAUCUAGUGUACAUAGUGGAGCCCGUGGAGCACACCAGGCAGGCCAUAAGAUGAAAUGGUUGCUUUUCAGAUAUGGAAUGUAUUGGCCCAUCAUGUUAAAAGAUUGGAAGAAGCCAAAAAAUUGGCACAAAACUUUAGAUCAAGCACUUUGGGCUUGUCGAACCUCCCCUAAAGAAGCUACUAACACUACACCUUUCCAGCUUACAUUUGGACAUGAUGCAGUAUUACCUGUCGAAAUCUACUUGCAAUCAGUGAGAAUCCAAAGACAAGGAGAAAUUCCAUCUGACUUAUACUGGGAAAUGAUGAUAAAUGAGCUGGUGGAUUUGGACGAAGAAAGGUUGCAUGUGUUAGAAGUAUUAAGAAGACAGAAGGAGAGGGUAGCAAGGGCAUACAAUAAGAGGGUCAAAGGUAAAACCUUCACUAUGAAUGAUUUAGUUUGGAAAGUUAUGUUACCUAUGGAUCAAAAGAAUAAAGCAUUAGAAAAAUGGUCUCCACAUUAG